AUGGACAAAUUGGAUUCUGAUAAAAAUUUAAAUCUCCUCCUUGGUAAUAAGGAGUAUUUGGGCCUAUUCAACCAAUACCUGCAAGGCGCCAUCAACCUCUACCAGCUUCAUUCGUUUUGUGAAAAUUGGCCAGAGACAUUGAAACACUCACACAACAAUCUCAUUCUCUCUAUUCUUCAUAAUGCUUCCCUUAAUAAGCAGCCUAUCCAUCAUAUUCCCCCGCCACAGCUCCACCUGGGCUUCGAAUCUGAGGCUGUACGCUCUUUGUCGGGUCCAGAGAGACAGCGCAUUAAGAAGCUCGUUGGCAGCGGCGGUGACCAUGCUGAAGCUCUCCCCUCGCUCCCUCUCUACUCCAACUUUUCCCUAUCCUCAGAGACCAAGUUGCUUCCAUCGCCCGAUAACUUGGCCUCGAGGCUCAAUGCCGUGUCUGCCAGCCACUCCCUCUCCGGUGUGGACCCCGAGUGCAUCCCCUACCUCCAGUCCUCUCUCGCUCUCUACCUCAAAAACAUCCUCCAGGACUCCCUCGAUAACUCUCAAUCACGCAGUCUCUCUUUAAGCGAUGUCCACUACACCCUCUCCUCACAUCCUCACCCUGAAUCUACAGCCACUCUUCACAAACAUCUCAACAGUGGCCUUUUCUUUGACUCAGAGCACCCAGAACACCCAGAACACCCCAUAGACCCGUCUCUAUUCGUUGAAACAAUAGGCUCUCCCUCUCCACCCUCCAACAAAUCACGUCCAGACCCCUACCCACUUAAACGCCCCUCCAUCCCUGACUCCUCCUUCUCCUUCCCCAACAAACGCUCACGUAAGCCCAAAGCCGUUGUUCUCAGCUCAGAUGAUGACGAAGAUGCCGAUGGCGAUCCUGAUGCUGAUUUCCGGGCCCAGUGGUAG